AUGUCAGUGCUAAGCCAAAUUCUCCAGAACUUCAACCAGAAAGCCCAGACCAGGAGCCACCACAACAUAGAGCUGAUAAAUUCGUUCAUAACAUAACGACAAGCCAGCCGCCGCCGAUAGCAAGCGAUCCAAAGUUAUCCAAAGUUAGGGAGAAAUUUGCAAACAUUUUUUACCGGAAGAGCA